CUAUGGGGAAGAACAGGAAGACGAAGAGAGAUGGAGAAGAAAAGUCUCAACACUGUGCCGCCACUGUAUUCGUCACUGGAUUGCCCUAUUCCUUCACCAAUCCUCAGCUUGAAGAAACCUUCAGCGAUGUUGGUCCCGUCAGGCUUUGUUUUAUGGUCACAAAGAAAGGAUCAAAUGAACACCGUGGCUUUGGGUUUGUUAAAUUUGCUUUAGUGGAUGAUGCUAAACGUGCCAUCGAGUUGAAGAACGGUUCUACUGUUGGGGGUCGUAAGAUUACAGUUAAGCAUGCCACGCAUCGUGCUCCUCUGGAGCAGCGCCGUGCAAAAGCAGCAGAAGGGGUAUCAUCAGUCGACCAAUCAGAGACAAAGAGUGACAAGGACAGUGUGAUCCCUGAGACUGAGAAGCAAGCCCAUACCCCAGAAAAAAAGCUAGAGAAACAGGUUGAACGAAAAAGACCAGCAAAGCUGUGUGUUGAUUUAAGGGACAAAGAAGCUUGUUCAGAGAAGCAAAGAGUUGCAAGAACUGUGAUAUUCGGUGGCCUUCUUGAUGCUGAGAUGGCGGAGAUGGUCCAUCGGCAUGUGCAAGAGGUUGGCACUGUGUGCUCCAUCACAUAUCCCCUUCCAAAAGACGAGCUUCAACAAAAUGGUCUUGCUCAAGAUGGGUGCAGGCUAGAUGCCUCGGCUGUUCUGUUUACAAGUGUCAAAUCUGCAUGCACUGCUGUUGCAACAUUACAUCAAAAGGAGAUAAAAAAGGGAAAUAUCAUUUGGGCCCGUCAGCUUGGUGGGGAGGGCUCCAAGGCUCAGAAAUGGAAGCUAAUUAUCAGAAAUCUUCCUUUCAAGGCUAAAGCUAGUGAAAUAAAAGAGACCUUUUCAGCAGCAGGGUUUGUCUGGGAUGUCUAUAUUCCUAAAAAUGCUGAAACUGGGCUACCUAAGGGUUUUGCAUUUGUCAAAUUCACGUGUAAGAAGGAUGCAGAAAAUGCAAUUCAAAAGUUCAACGGCUACAUGUUUGGUAAAAGACCAAUUGCUGUAGAUUGGGCUGUACCUAAAAAUCUUUACACAGGUGCAGCUGAUGUUCUCGUAGCUUCAGCAGAUGGGCAAAGGAAUGAAAGUGAAGUAGACAGUGACUGUAGCAGUGUAGAUAUGGAGGAGAUGGAUGAUGAUGCUGGAGAAAACAACAAGCCUUCUGGAGAUGAUAAUGAUGAUGAUGGUGAUGAGGACAAUGCUGAAUCAGGUGAAAUGGGAACAUCCAAAAGGGAAGGUGGUGCAAGUGAUGUUAAUUUGGAAGACGAAGCAGUUGUUGCGAGAAAGGUGCUUAAUAACUUGCUUGCAUCUUUAAAAGAUCCUCUUACUUCUCAUGAUGGUGAUGCAGAGGAGUCUGAUGAAAACAAGAUAGUGGAUUCAUCAAUUGAGUCUCUUGGUGACCCUUCCAGUGUCUCUGAGCCUUCAAAGUUCAGUAAAACUAAAGAGAUGAUUCCUAAAGAAAAGGAGGGAAAUGACGAUUUACAGAGAACAAUAUUUAUAGGCAACCUUCCAUUUGAUGUUAAUAAGGAGGAAGUCACACAAAGAUUUGCAGGAUUUGGGGAAGUUGAAUCUUUUCUUCCAGUUCUCCAUCCGCUCACCAAACGACCAAGAGGAACUGGCUUUCUCAAGUUCAAAACAGCUGAUGCAGUAAAUGCAGCCAUUUUAGCUGCUAGUGUCACAUCAGGUGCUGGGAUUUCUCUUAAAGGCAGGCAACUGAACGUUCUGUGUGCUUUGGAUAAGAAAUCUGCACGCGAUAAAGAACUCGAGAAGACCAAGGAAACGAAUCACGACCAUCGAAAUCUGUAUCUGGCUAAGGAAGGUCUGAUCCUUGAUGGUACCCCUGCUGCAGAGGAUGUUUCUGCUGAAGAUAUGGAGAAGCGACGAAGAUUGCAUGAAAGCAAGAUGAAAAAGCUUCAGUCUCCUAACUUCCAUGUAUCUAGAACAAGGAUUGUCAUCUACAAUUUGCCAAAGUCAAUGUUCGAAAAGCAGUUGAAACAACUUUGUGUGGAUGCUGUAAUAUCACGGGCUACAAAGCAGACACCUUGCAUCCGGCAGAUCAAAUUUUUAAAGAACGAGAAGAAAGGGAAGGUCGAUACGAAAAACCACUCGCGUGGAGUUGCUUUUGUGGAGUUCACGGAUCAUCAACAUGCACUUGUGGCCCUAAGGGUCCUUAACAACAACCCUGAGACAUUUGGGCCUCAACACCGUCCCAUUGUAGAGUUUGCGGUCGAUAAUGUCCAGAAGCUGAAGAUACGAAAAGCUAAGCAGCAGUUUCAGCAGCACAAAAAAAACGAGGAGUCAGAGGAGUUGGAUCCGAAUGCU